AAAAAACUAAGAGUUAUUGAUUAGAGUGUUUCAGGAAAAACACUGAUAUUUAAGCUACAUCUAUGAUAUUUUUGUAGGUUUAGACCUGUUCGAAAUGAAGUCCAGAUAUUUGUUGAUAUGUUCAGGCGUACUGAUCUACCUUUUGUCCGGUGCUCUGACCACCUCUUGUAACCAGCCACACGGAUGUCCAGAUUUAGAGUGCCCAAUGGGUUUUGAAACCGAUGACCAAAACUGCACAAUCUGCAAAUGCAAAUUCCAAUGCCCGGAGGCAAACUGCCCCAUUCUGUGUGAGAAUGGAUACAAAGCAGAUCCGAUGGGCUGCCGACUUUGUGAAUGCCAGAAGCCAAGAUGCCCCAAGUUUAACUGCUCGAAAGUCUGCAUUGACGGAUACCUUGAAGUCCUGGGCUGUCCAUAUUGCGAGUGCAAGGUCAUCCCAUGUCCAGAACUGACAUGUCCAUACUGUCCUACAGGCUAUCAGAAAAAUAUCAGGAGAUGCCAAACGUGUGAGUGUAUACAGGUGUGUCCGUCCUACCAAUGUCGUCAGCUCUGCGCUAACGCCAAGAAGAACGAAUUUCUGAUCAAGGCUUGUGGCUGUAAAUGUCUCACUUAAGAAACACGACAAAUUACAGAAAAUGUCGGUUAAUUUGUCAUCGAAUCUACGACAUUUUUAAACAUUUCAACGUAAGGUCCAUGCAUCUAACACAAAGUCACAAUGUAUUUUUACCGCCUUCUUUAAACAAUAAACUAGGCUGGGAUUCGAAGUUUUGUCAGCUUGAAGGAAAAUAAAUCCAUUAAACACCAAAA